AUGCUCCAGUACUUGCUUGGUUUGGCUGCGACUGCUCUCGCAGUCAAAAUUGCUUUAAUGCUCCGGGUUAAACCGGCUACACCAUCACAGCCAGAGAUGGGCGAAUAUAUUAAAACUGUUGAUCGGGAUGAGGUACCCCGACUAUGUAAUAUCAUCCACGCCGGGGAUCUCUGUGAACUCGAGACAAUGCCCCGGUACCAAGAUAUAGAUCCAAGGGCCUUUGAAUGGAGGGAACCACCAGCGUGCAUUCUGUUUAUCUCGCAUCGAUGGGAAACCCCAACGCAUCCAGACGCAGACGGCGAGCAGCUAAAAGCUAUCAUAUUUCUGAUGCAAGCGGUUGCAAAACUCUCGUCAGUCUACAAGCUGCCCCUGGAACAAAGAACGGCAGUUGUUAAGACAUUGAAAAUUCAUGGAUACCUUCAAGCUGCGAACAUUGUCAGCAGAGUCGCAGAAAGCAUCGGUGGAGUGGACCGAUCAGUCUUGGAUAAGAUUGGUGUCUGGCUAGACUACAUGUGUCUGCCACAGAAAAACCUUUCCGGGAUUGAUGAUCGAACAUCUGCCAACAAAUUACUCUUUAAAGAAGGACUCAGACAACUUCCUUCGCUGAUCGCAUCCUGCGACUUCAUUCUCAGCAUCAGAAGCCAGGGAGACGAUUAUCUUCAACGAGCGUGGUGUAUAUCCGAGCUCUGCUUCAUGGACUGGAAGUACCACAAGAAGACCAUCGUCCUGAGACAAGACCUGCUCAGCCAACCCAUCGACGCCCAAAUCCUCAACUCCGAGAGUUUCGAGUCAAGUUAUCUGCCGAGCUACCGGAAGAUGAUCGAAGCAUGGGAAGACAAACCCAACUUCACCUGGAAUCCCAAUAUGUCCUUCUGCUAUACCGAAAUAGGACUCGCCGAAUGGGACCGUGCCAGCGAAUUCCGUGACUCAAUUGAACAAGGUUCAACACCUGCCCCAAGUGACUGGCCAGCUCCGUUAUUGACCACGCCCCUUGUACCACUAAUCUGGCCGCACCACGCCGACUUCCUGAUGCAAAUCCGAUCCCAUCUUGUUCAACCUCCUCCACGGAAUGUGGAUGUGUUGAUCGCCAUGACCAUGCAGGACUGCGAGCUGUCUUGCCUCAACAUCCAAGACUACACCCGCUGUGGCCUCCACAUUUUCCGCGCCCGCAUGACGGGGCAUUCAGGCUGGAGGAACUUCUCCAAUGACUGCCUCCAUCGACUGGCCGAUGGGAGACCCCUCAUCCUUGCCGAUGUGCCCGUCCUGCACGUCGAGGGUGGACUCGACCUUGGCUCUCCAUUGACCUAUCAAUGGGAGACCGAUGAAGACGUUCUAAAUCUCCAUGCCCGAGCGACGGAGAUCUGGAAGAACUACAUCCAGGUCCACAGUGACCGAUGCGAGCUCUCCAAGAAAACAAGCGUCCUUCUUCACGCUAUGGUUUCUCAUCUUGUCGCCGUGUCUAGCGAGUCCAAUAUGCUACUACGCCCAAGGGUCUGGUCUCUCACAGCCCUGAUCGGGGACGCCAUGAAUGCGGCCAAUAUAGCUUCACAGCAAGAGGAGGAGGGUAGCCUGAGCUCAGUCGCGCGGACUUCACUAGGUCUGGCCCUUCUGUAUGCUAAAUGCCAAGCGAUAUACAGCGUUGAGCAAUCUGGGGCCUUCCGUCUGUCGAGCUUAUUCCUUACCGCACUUGACCGGUUGAACAAAGAUCCUGGUCUAAAUAUCUCGAGGAUAAAGGACUUUGAAUGCGAGUGGGUGGGCGUUGCUAGUUAA